UUACUGCAUUCAGUGAACACAUUUUACUCGAAUUUAACAUUGUUUUACGAAUAAUAACGUUUGAAUUGCAAAAAAGUGCAUCUAGUUCCUAAAGAACACACAGAAGAAUCUGCCUCAAAAUGGCUACGAGUACUCAGAACGCCAUAACCCUUAAGGGAUCGGCUGCAAUCCUAACGGAGUACCUGAACUACGGCAUCAACGCGAUCCUGUUCCAACGGGGAAUCUACCCCCCGGAACAGUUCACCAGCGUGCAGCAGUACGGCAUCACGGUCCUAAUGUCCAAAGAGGAGAAGAUCAUUACCUUCCUUCAGCACGUCCUCUGCCAGGUACAGGAGUGGCUCACCCACAACGAAGUGGAGAAGAUCACCAUGAUCAUCACCAACGUGCACACCAAAGAGGUCCUGGAGAGUUGGGAUUUCAAGGUCCAGAACGAACCCGGCGAUGGCUCGAAGAUCGAUCCGAACAAUCCCACAUCGUCGAAGGAACUGAAAAAGAUCCAGGCGGAAAUCAGGGACGUGAUGAGGCAGCUGGCGGCGUCGGUCAGCUACCUACCACUGAUUGAAUGCAUCUGUACGUUCGAUGUGCUGAUUCAUACGCUGAAGAAGACCGACAUUCCGGAAAAGUGGAACGAAACCGGCGAGGUGCAGAUCCAGAAUGCGCAAACCGUACAGUUCAAGUCGUUUUCGACGGGGCUGCACAAGAUGGAUACGAUCGUUAACUAUAAGAUGACUGAUUAGAGGUAGCAGAAGUUGGGAGCUGUUGCGAGGAACGUGUCAUUCAAACUAGCUUUGUAAUAUUGAAUG